AUGACCGAAAUUACAGUAACAUUGAAAUAUAAUAAUGAUGUUAUAGAUGUUAUGGCUGAAAAUACAAAAGGAUAUUUAAAUUCAUUUAAAGUAACUUUAAAACAUGAAACAAAUACAUAUUCUGGUAUAUUAAGAUUAUUUGGAAAAGUUACACCACAAAGCAUUACCAAGGUUUCAAAAAUUAUGUAUUUAGGAGAUUCUACAAUUAUUACUUUUCAGUUUCUUGAUGGAAGACAAGAAGAAAUUCGUUUAAGAAAUGAAAAUUUAAUAAGUUCAAAACCAUCAACAAAAUUUGCGAUAUAUAACACUGAAAAAAUUAAUGAAGAAGAAAAAAAAGAGGAAAAUGAUAUUACACAACAAACAACAAAUAAUGUUUCUAUUCUUUCUUCUUCUUUAGAAAAAAGUGAUGACUUAUUACAACAAAAAGAACAAGGAAUAAAUGAAAAUAAUGAUUUAGAUUAUUUAUUGAAUGAACUAAAAAUACAAAUAAAUAAACUAAAUAAUAGUGUUAUUCAAAAUACUUCUAGUUUAGUAGAAUUAAAAGAAAAUCAAAUUAAAGAUAAAACAAACAUUGAAGAAGUUCAAAUAAAACAAAAUAAUAAAAUAAAUGAAUUAGAACAAAAAAUGUUAUUAAAAUGUGAUGAAUCAUAUUUUAAUGAAAAAUUAGAUGUUAUUAAUACUACAAUUAAAGAUCUUACAAAUUCUAUUAAUCAAAUCAGUCAAAACCAACCACAAGAAUUAUCUUCUUUUCAAGAAGAUAAGUUACAUGAAACUCAAGUAAUAGAUAAUAAUAAAAUUGAACAACAAAAUAAAAAUUAUGAAGAUUUAAGUCAUCAAUUAUCAGAAAUUCAACAACAUAUUUCAAGUUUAGAAUAUGAAUUUGAUGAUAUUCAAGAAAAUUUAAAAAAACAAAUAAACUCAUCUCAAUUAAUUAAGGAGUCAAUUAAAACUGAUAAAAAAGUUGAAGAAGAAAAAGAUAUUAAUUUAACAAAACAAAACGAAAAGAAAGAAGAAGAUUGUAGUCAAAAAAAUCAAUUUAUUUUCAUCUUGUCAAAUUUGGAACAUUUAAAUGAAAAAUUAAAUAGUGACAUUUCUUCUUUUAAUUGUAUUGAUUUUUGGGAAGGAGUUAAAAGAGAAAUAAUUCCUAAUUAUAUUAUUCUUAUUGAUGAUCAAUUAAUUAAAUUAAAUAGAGAUACAAUUAAAUCAUUAUAUCCUACAAUCCCAAUUAUUUGUGCAACUUCAAAUCAAGAAGAAGAAGAUGCAUCAAUUCUUAAAUAUACAUCACUUAAUUCUUUAUGUUCUUCUUUAAUUGAAAAACUAACUUUAUAA